ACAAGGAUAGACUAAUGCCAUAACACUGUGCGGCUGUUGGCCCACCCCACCGAUAUAAUGCUCGUUGAUCUAGGGUGCUGCUCAUCUGAAGUCAUGUUCGUGAACAAGAAGAUAGCAAGCAGCUAGCCACUGCUUUCAACAUGGCGGAGACCCACAGCUUGCAGGACAUCAGACAGCAAGCGGCCAUCGCUGCCAAGGUGUUCAUCCAGAGAGACUACACCAAUGGAACUGUGUGCCAGUUUCAGACCAAGUUCCCCUCUGAACUAGAGACCAGGAUUGACAAGCAGCAGUUUGAGGAGACGGUGCGGACACUGAAUAACCUAUAUGCUGAAGCGGAGAAACUGGGAGGCCAGUCGUACCUGGAAGGCUGUCUGGCUUGUCUUACGGCCUACACAAUCUUCCUCUGUAUGGAGACCCACUACGAGAAGGUCUUGAAGAAGAUCGGCAAGUACAUCCAGGAGCAGAAUGAUAAGAUCUACGCACCGCGAGGGCUGCUUCUCACGGAUCCAAUCGAGAGAGGGCUGAGAGUUGUUGAAAUCACCAUAUUUGAAGACAGAAGCACGGGGUCCGGAAGAUAAAACACACUGAAGUUCCCUGCAUUGGAGUUGUCUGAACAUGCAGUCACUCUUCAGGAUCUUGCCAGUGUCUCGGGUAAAAAUACAUUUUUGACUCCUGCGGUGAUGAUUGUGAAUGUGAGUCGAAACCUGACCUGUCAUAAACACUACUUUUGGAUCACUAACAUCUCCCAAUUCAUUGUUCUGGCAAACACCAAGGAAUGCAAUUUUGACAUUAAAUAUUGUUUCUCAACAGAAAAUAGCUUUUUUCCCAAGCUUUGUAAGGGUAACACAAUGCCAUUCUUUUUUUUAUUUUAAAUCUGUCCAUACCAGUCAAUCACAUCUUGCUGUAUAGAUUUAACAUUUGAGCUGUAAAGAAACAUAAUUUUCUAAUUAGGUAUCAAAUUGCCUUUAAACAUUUUCUCUUGUGGUUUAAGUGUCAAGCAGAGGUGAUGGAAAAAUUUCACCAGCACAGAAACUCCUCCAAGUUCUAUUUUUCAAAAGAUUUCUGAGCCAAAAAUGACCCCUUAAAUGUUAUGCACACAGCGACACUGACAUUCACAAUAAAUCUUGUGGAGAAAGUUCUCUUUCUUUGUCAGGUUUCUGGCCAUGAAGGAACACACGUACGUAUUCUCCUUACAGAAUUCCUGUCCCUUACGCAUACAGGUUCACGUGGUAACUGUGGAAUGUAAACGGUUUGCAGAAAGUAUCUGCAGACCGAAUUGGGAGUUGGACCUUUGCCAUAUGCAAACAUUAGGGAAAAUUUCUCAGUGCCGACAGUAUUCCCCAGGGAGCUCUGGCUCUUAUGCUUUAGGGGGAAAGAGGCCGCAGAGUGCACGUCUAAAAACGCUGACUGCGUCAUUACAAACGGAUGACGAUACUAAACAGCUUUUAAUGCUGUCAUACCAAUAAGGGCAUGGAGCUGGUCUCACUAAUGUUUGCUUCUGCGCUUACAUCCACUUAUUCAGCGCAGAUUGGUUCAGCUAAUGCCGCCUGUUUGGAAUCAGACUCUCAGAGUGCCGUUUGCUGCUGUGGCCUGGAGUCUCGUAGAGACUGUUAGCCAUGCAGUCACCAGAGAUGGACUGUGGCCUUGUAUCUCUCCAGUAACCCACAUGAUUAAUUUUACAUGGACUAAUCCAGCUUGUGUUAAUACAUUUAUAAAUUGCCUGCUUAUUUACAUUUAUUCCAUUAUUAAAAAAGUGAUAUUAAAACUAGCAGGCAACUCAGACUUGUUUUUUUAUGGACCGGUUGAUGACAUAAAGCCAAUUCAAUUACAAUU